UCCCGGGGGUGCGGAGGGUGCAGUCGGGUGCCAAGCGGACCGUCGCAGAGCCAGGUCCUGGCGCCGGUCCGUCCCGGGCAGCUGGGCUGCUUGCGGCAGUGGUGACAGGACAGCGGCCCGGCCUGGGAGACCUGCGGUGGGGCUCCGUGACCCCAGCGGCCCGCGUGUAGAGCGGGGUGAACAGGCGGCGGGGACGAUGGCCAGGGCCGGCAUGGAGCGCUGGCGAGACCGGCUGGCGCUGGUGACCGGAGCCUCCGUGGGCAUCGGUGCGGCGGUGGCCCGGGCCCUGGUCCUGCAGGGAUUGAAGGUGGUGGGUUGUGCUCGAACCGUCAGCAACAUCGAGGAGCUGGCUGCUGAGUGUAAGAGUGCAGGCUACCCUGGGACUUUGAUCCCCUACAAAUGCGACCUGUCAAGUGAGGAGGACAUCCUCUCCAUGUUUUCGGCAAUCCGUUCUCAGUAUGGCGGUGUGGACAUCUGCGUCAACAAUGCUGGCUUGGCACGCCCUGACUCCCUGCUCUCAGGCACCACCAGAGGCUGGAAGGAAAUGUUCAAUGUCAAUGUGCUGGCCCUCAGCAUCUGCACACGGGAGGCCUAUCAGUCCAUGAGAGAGCGGCAGGUGGACGACGGGCACAUCAUUAACAUCAACAGCAUGUCGGGCCACCGAGUGGUACCCCAGUCAUCCACCCAUUUCUAUAGUGCUACCAAGUAUGCUGUCACUGCACUAACUGAGGGACUGAGGCAAGAGCUCCGGGAGACCCAAACUCACAUCAGAGCCACGAACAUCUCUCCAGGAGUGGUGGAGACACAGUUCGCCUUCAGACUCUAUGACAAGGAACCUGAGAAGGCAGCUGCCGCCUAUGAACAAAUGAAGUGUCUCAAACCUGAAGAUGUGGCUGAAGCUGUCCUCUAUGUCCUCAGUGCCCCCCCACACGUCCAGAUUGGAGACAUCCAGAUGAGGCCCACGGAACAGGUGACCUAGUUUCCUGUGGGGAACACCUCUCUCAUCGCCCCUCACUGCUUGGCUCCUGCCUCUGAUUUAGGUGUUGAUUUUUGGACCCCCUGGAUUUCACUUUUCACUACUCCCACUAGGGAUUUGAAAAUCUGAGGUUUUUAUAUCUUGUCAGUUUUUUUCCCCACUGCAAAUGUGAAAAAAUAGGCCAGGAAGAGGAGGUCGUGUACCUGAAUGUCUAACCUGCUAAUUUGUUCUUGUUCUCUUUUUGUUGGGAGCCUGGCUCUUGUUUGCUCUCCUUUGAUCUAGGGAAGGGCGGGGGUUCUCCAUAUCUUCUUGCACCCCUUCCCCAGUCCUAGGGAUGAGGUUGCAAACAGAUGUCCUCACCUCCUAUCUGAAUGGUUAUCCCAAGUAGCUCUUUUUCUCUCACUGUUCCCCCUUCUCUCCCCCCCUUCCUAGUUCUCUAGCUUAAUCUUGAGUUUUGGCUCCUAUGGGAUCAUCACUCUCCUUUUACAAUGGCAGCAGAAUGCCAGGUCCUGCCUCCAAGUGAAUUUCACUGUGCCAAUAAAAAAAAAAGAAAAAUGGCAACAGCCUA